UCAAGGAACUAAAUGUCUUUCAGUUAUGAAGCUGCACUGCCGAGAUCUGGCUCCAGGCGGCCAUCUUGCUUCCCUGCACUGGAUGGAGCAGAAUAAUGUUCUUGCAGGAAUGAUACGUAACUCCCAAAAUAAUGAUGUCCCAACUUGGAUCGGUUUGAGUGACAUCCACAAGGAGGGGACUUUCCUAUGGAAUGAUGGAUCUGCAUCAGAUUUUAUGUUUUGGGCUGAAGAUGAACCCAGUCAUAAAAAUCCAAAGGAGAAGUGUGUGCACGCUUUCUUAAACAACUCACUUUACUGGAACGAUGCGUCUUGCAACUUGAAACUGACUUUCCUUUGCUCCUACAAACUGGUGCGUCCCAGCUGCCACUAAAAGAGUCUAUCGCUGCUCCACGGAUCCUGUCUGGGAGUGGAUGUAGUGCCUCAAUCUGCUUGUAGGUGCGAUCACAGCCAAUGAGGACUGUACUGACUUAGUUUCUCAGCCAAGAAUAAAAAUUGCAUCAUGA